AUAUUAAUGUUGGUUUUUACCCAUACACCGAUGUGUGUUGCCCGGCAGCUAGAGGCAGUUCGAAUCCUAUUUUUCACCAGGAAGUAUGGCCAGGGAGAUGGCUCAUGCCAUUUCGCUUUCAUAACUUUAUACCAGCAGCUCGAGACUGGACAGGAAACGGGUCUGGAAGAAACUGCCAGGUGGAAUAGACAUUACGAGCUUAUCAAUUUGUGCGUGUGCAUAGGCUGUAAUUUCCCGUUAACCCGCGACGUACGUUAGAUGUUAGCGAGGAAACCAUAACAAUGAAAUAUGGCAAUAAUCUAAUUUAUUUUGUACGUAUUUAUCGAUCAAUUGUAGAAACCUCCGCAACAACAAUUUACAGGAACUUCCAGACGGAUUGUUUUCAGAUCAGACAGACUCAGAACGAAUUGUACUAAGUAUUGAUCUUGCUAACAAUCAAAUUCGAAAGGUGUCUCCAUCAACUUUCAAAGGUUUAAAAGAAUGCUAUAGUUUAUCUUUAGCUUCAAACAAGCUGAAUGAUGAGUCAUUACCGAAUGAUUUAUUGGUCAACGUUACGCUUGGUUCUUUGAUUGAUCUAUCAAUGAAUGAGCUGACAAAAUUUCCAAAGGAACUUCUACGAACACAAAACCAGCUCGUGCACCUUUACCUCCAACGCAACCACAUCACCGCUCUAGACGAAACCAUGUUCAAAGGACUUCACUCUCUUGCUUCACUAUACAUCUAUCAAAAUCCGAUAAUGCAGAUGGCAGACUUUCAGUUUUUUGAGACAACCCUAGAACUUCUUCUUAUGUUUCAGUGUGAUUUAUCAGAAGUUGGAAUGAGACCGUUUGCUACGAAAGGAGACACCAUCAAGCAAAUAUUGAUGCACGGAAAUCCAAUUGAACGUAUUUCCAACACCGUAUGGCGUGAUUUGAGACAUGACUGUUACGUAUCUGUUGAUAAAAGUCUUCAAGAAGCACCACAAACGAAUCGGACAGACAUUACUGUUGAAUUAGUCGGAGACGACUUUAUACGUCCAUUCGACAUGCAGUAUUUAGGAAACAGUGACUUUUCAUCAUCGGGUUUUGUGUGCCAACAAAUUGCAACAUUCGAGCGUAAAUGCAGGCCUUGUCAUCAGGGAACUUUCGGAUCGCAGUCAGGCUGUAGUCCAUGUCCGCCAGGUGGGUUUUACCAAAGCAAAACUGGUCAGUAUUCGAAUGGCGAUUUGAACUGUGAAACAUGCAAUAAAGGAACUUACGUCUCGCCUGAAGCUUCACCUGGCACGAGAGCUACCGAUUGCAAGGUGUGUCCAACAGGGACAGAUAAAAGUACCGCUGCAGGGUUCCGGGCUUGUCCAUGUGUGGACAACUAUUACCGCACUGACCGGUUUGGCGAAUGUCAUCAGUGUCCCCACGAAGGGAUCAACUGCUCCGGGGAAUAUCAACAUCUUCGUCCGGGCUACUGGUGGACGUGGAACUGGAGCUCACAAGAAGACCGUAUCUCGCAGGAAAACCACGAUUCGUAUAUGAAUUUUGUCAGCAAUAUAGGCAUUAUGAACGACUCGUAUGGCAGAAGCACGCAGAGAUUUAGCGGGAAGUUACCAAAGGUACACAAAUGUCCACGCGACGACGUGUGUCCAAAUGGUGGAUUUGGUAUCGACUCAACUUGCAGUGAAGGUUACAAGGGCUGGAUGUGUUCCGAAUGUGCAAACAAGUAUUACUCUUGGCUUGGUCAUUGUUUGGAAUGUCCAGAGUGGCCGUUAUUUGCUGUAGAAGUCUUCUGCAUCUUGCUUGUUGUCUGCCUCGUAGUCUGUUUCUUUGUGUGGGAUGCAUAUAGAAGGCAUCGUCGGAAUGAACGAAAUAUCGUGAGCGUCUUCUUAGCACGCGGGAAAAUCGUAGUUGGUUUUUGCCAGGUCAUGGGGGAAAUAUUCUCCGCUCUAGAUGACAUUCCUUGGCCAAAGAAUUUGCAGACAUUAGGAUCAGUCUUUAAGACAAUGGAGGUUAGCAUAGUUGGUUGGUUGAUUAGUCCUCGAUGCUUUAUUCCGGAUUUCACCUACCACAAUAUUUACAUUGAAUUCUUGGUCGGUUUCAGCUUCAUCAUAUUUGUUGUUCUGGUUGCUUUUGUUACUAUGUAUUCAGAAAAUAUUACAUAA